AUGGAGAAUAUCCUUAGAAUAUUAGACAAUGCAUUAAGUCGUGAUCCAAAUGAAAGAACUCAAGCAGAAUUAGAAUUACGUGAAGCUGAAAAUAAUCAUUUCCAACAAUAUAUGCAAUUGUUAAUUGAAGUAUUAUUAAGUGAAGGAGCUAGAAUUGAUGUGAGAAUGUUAGCAGGUCUUGGAUUAAAAAAUGCAUUAACUUCAAAAGAUAAUAAAACAAGAUUAUUCCAACAAGAAAGGUGGUUACAAUUAGGUACAGAUGCUAAACAAAAAAUAAAAGAAGAAUCAUUGCAAGGUUUAAAUUUUAAAAUUGAUCAAGUUGCAAGAACUGCUGCUCAAGUUGUUGCUGCAAUUGCAGAUAUUGAAUUACCUAGAAAUGAAUGGAACGAAUUAAUACCAAUUAUAAUUCAAAAUACAAAACCUGAAAAUCCAGAAUAUGUUAAAAAAUCAAGUUUAUUAACAAUUGGUUAUAUCUGUGAAAGUAGUGAUCCAAAUAAUCCGAAUAUUUUAUCGCAAGCAAGUGGUAUAUUAAUUGCAAUUGUCCAAGGUGUCCAAUCCAGUGAACCUUCAAUUGCUGUUAGAUUAACAGCUAUAAAUGCCUUGGUAAAUUCUCUUGAAUUUAUUAAAUUUAAUUUUGAAACUGAAGGUGAAAGAAAUUAUAUAAUGCAAGUUGUUUGUGAAGCUACACAAUCUUCAAAUUCGGAAUUACAAGCUAGUGCUUUUGGUUGUUUAGCAAGAAUUAUGUCAUUAUAUUAUAGAUUUAUGUCAUUAUAUAUGGAAAAAGCAUUAUAUGGUUUAACAGUUUCAGGAAUGCAACUGAGUGAUGAAAAAGUUUCAUGUAUGGCUGUUGAAUUUUGGUCAACUGUUUGUGAAGAAGAAUUGGAAAUUGCAUUACAAAGACAAGAAUUGGGUAUAGAUCCAUUACAAGGACAACAACAACCUGAAUUAGUAUCGUAUAAUUUUGCAUUAGUAGCAUCAACCGAAGUAUUACCUACUUUAUUAACAUUAUUAACAAGACAAAAUGAUGAUCCAGAAGAUGAUGAUUGGUCAGUUGCAAUGGCUGCAGGUGCUUGUUUACAAUUAUUUGCUCAGAAUAUUGGAAAUUAUGUAGUUGAUCCAACAAUUUCAUUUGUAGGAGCAAAUCUUGUUAAAUAUGAUAAUGAAGAUAGUUGGCAUCAAAGAGAAGCAGCUGUUAUGGCAUUCGGAUCAAUUUUAGAUGGUCCAGAUCAUGAACAAUUGAAAAAUAUUAUAAAUCAAGCAUUAGAACCAAUUUUAAAUUUAAUAAAAGAUGAACAUUUGCAAGUUAAAGAAACAGUUGCAUGGUGUUUAGGUAGAAUUACUGAUAUGGUUGUUGAUGCUAUAAAUGUUGAAACACAAUUACCAAUUUUAUUAGAAGCAUUAACUCAAGGUUUACAAGAUCACCCAAAAGUUUUGACAAAUUGUAGUUGGACUUUAAUUAAUUUAGUUGAACAAUUAUGUACUGAUACAAAUAAGGAAACAAAUGUAAUGUCACCAUAUUAUCAAAAAAUCAUACCUAUAUUGAUGAAUAUUUCAAAUAAAGAUGAUAAUGAAUAUAGUAGUAGAGCAUCAGCUUAUGAAGCUUUGUCAACAUUUGUUACCUAUUCAGCAUAUGACACAAUGCCAAUUGUUCAAAAUAUUGCAACUGAAGUAUUGUCAAGAUUAGAAGCUACUAUAUUAUUACAAUCACAAGUUACAUCAGUUGAUCAAAAAGGUAAUCUUGAAGAAUUACAAACAAAUAUACUUGGUUUAUUAACUAAUGUCAUUCGUAAAUUAGAUCAUGAAGUUAUAAUGGCUGCUGAUAAUUUAAUGGAAAGAUUUAUAAAGUUAUUACAAUCACAAGAACAAAAUUCGUUAAUAGAAGAAGAUAUUUUUAUUGCUAUAUCUGCAUUAGCUGGUGCAAUUGGUGAUCAAUUUAUGAAUUAUAUGCCAGUGUUUAUACCAUUCCUUACUAAAGCAUUGGAAAAUACUGAAUCUCCAACUUGUUUGACUGCUAUAGGUUUAGUCGCUGACUUAUCACAAUCUUUAGGUAUGCAUAUAUUACAAUAUCUUCAAGGAUUAAUGCUUAUAUUAGGUAAUACAUUAAAUCAACCAGAUGUAGGAAAAGAAUUAAAACCAGCUAUAGUUUCAUGUUUUGGUGAUAUUGCAGCUGCAAUUGGGCCAAAUUUUAAAGAUUAUCUCGAACAUGUUUUAAAAAUAUGUACUGAAGCUGCACAAAUUGAUGUACAAGAUGCUACAUUAGAAUCAUUAGAUUUUGUAUUCAGUGUAAGAGAAUCAGUAUUGGAUUGUUUUGUUGGUAUAGUUGGAGGAUUUUCAUCACAACCAGAAGAAUUAUAUCCGGCUGUUGGAAGUAUAUUACAAUAUGUUAUAAAAAUUGCUGGUGAUCCAAGUAUGUCACUGUCUGAAUCAGUUUCAAGAUCAGCUGCUGGAUUAGUCGGUGAUAUUGCUGCAAUGUAUCCACAAGGUCAAUUUAAAAAUUAUUUUGAAAAUGCAGUUUUAUUAGAUUUUAUUAAAAGAACAAGAUCCAAUUUAUUAUUUGAUGAAAGAACAAAAGACGCUGCAAGAUGGGCUAGAGAACAAACAAAAAGGCAACAAACAAGUCAAUAG